UUAGUUUCUCAUAGUCUCACCAUUUAGGCAACAAAAGAGCCAUUCUCUCCAUAAUCGAAUGCAUCGAGCUGAGAAAGUGACGGAACAAAAGACAUCAAAGUUAAAAUAAGAAUAAGGAUUCUUCAGUCUUUUCUUUCAGAAAAUUUAAUAAAAUUCGAGGACUACUGAACUCAAAAAGUAGUUUCAAUUCCAACAAGAAUAGUCAAAGAACCUCACCUGCAAACUCAGGAUCAAAUACCAGGCUAUUUAGGAAGAAAACUAAGAGAUCUGGGCCGAAGCCAACUGUACACUUCAAGGCGACCACACAUCAAACUCCGAAAGAGAAAGGUUUCUACCAGUCAUUAAACAAGAAGAAUGAGUUUGAAUUUAUCAAAAGUGUGAAAAUGCCUCAUUAUUAUAUGAAAUUCGACGAAGAGAAUUCAUUUGGACUAUUUCCACCUAACUUUGACUCCUCAAACGCCAACCUAGUCGCUAGAUACAGAGCUACAAAGAUUUGGAAAUAAGAUAUCAG